AUGACGGCCAGCAAGUUUGCACUGGGUCAAUGUGUUCCUGAUAUCUGCACAAUGGAGCAGCCCAUACCUGUGGAGGCAGAUCGGCCAACAAUCAUUGACUUCCAUGGACUCCCUUUGACCAAAUAUUUCACUGACAACUGGGACGAUGUCCAGAGCUUCAAAGCAAGACAAGAUGACAUUCUCAUUGUUUCUUACCCUAAAUCUGGAAGCACAUGGCUUGCUUACAUUCUGGACCUUCUAUAUUUUGGCCAGACAUGUCCAGAGCGUCAGACAUCCAUCCCUAUUUAUUUGCGGGUGCCUGUACUGGGCCUGCAGAUACCUUCUUUUUUUUCAGGAAAAGAAGUGGCAGACGAGCUCCCUACAACUCCUCGUAUUAUGAAAUCUCACAGACCAGAACUGCAAGAAACCAAAAAGAUCAUCUAUGUGGCCCGUAAUGCCAAAGACACUGCAGUAUCCUAUUUCCACUAUAUGAGGGUGAGCAGUCUCCAACCAGCGUCAGGAGACUGGAGCACCUAUUUAAACAGGUUCAUGGAAGGAAGAGUGGUACAGGGAUCCUGGUACAACCAUGUGAAUAACUGGUGGGAAAAGAAACAGACUUACUCAAAUCUACAUUACAUGUUCUAUGAAGAUAUAAUUGAGGACCCUGAGCGAGAGAUCAACCAACUCUGUUCCUUUCUUGGAUUGUGCCCUUCUGCUGAGGAGAAGGAAAAAGUCUUGACUGACAUGAAGUUUGACACGAUGGCUCAAAACAAAAUGGCAAACUAUUUCAUGAUGUCCGCUUUCAAUCAGAAUGUUUCAGCAUUUUUGAGAAAAGGGAAAGUUGGUGACUGGAAAAGCCAUUUUACUGUGAGCCAGAAUGAGAUGUUUGAUGAAGACUACAAGCAGAAAAUGACGAAUCCUUCACUGCAUUUCCGUACUGAGAUUUAAAGAAAAUC